AUGCGGCAAGUCCGGGCACAACGCGCGCACUUGCCAAAUCAUCGGACGGCGUCUAAUGAGGAACAAGCGGAAGAGUUGCUCGCAACCUUCUUUCCACCUCUCCCGGACGACAUUGAGGAGGAGGGAGAUCGACCCCAACGAGCUCCGGUGCCCAUGCCGGACCUCACCAUGGAAGAAAUAGAACGGCGACUGCUCGCUGCCAAAUCAUGGAAGGCACCAGGCGAGGAUGGACUACCUGUCAUAGUCUGGAAGAAGGUGUGGCCAGUUGUGAAAUAUAGAGUCCUGGCGUUGAUCCGAGCGUCAUUGGAGGGAGGAAUGCUACCUGACCAAUGGCGACACGCAAAAAUCAUACCCUUGAAGAAACCUGACAAACCCGAGUACACCCUCGCGGAAGCGUGGAGGCCAAUAUCGUUGUUGUCGACGCUUGGCAAGGUGCUGGAAGCCGUACUCGCGGAAAGAUUAUCUCACGCGGUCGAGACAUACGGCCUGCUGCCUACGAACCACUUCGGGGGACGUAAGCAACGCUCGGCAGAGCAAGCCUUGAUGCUCCUGCAAGAGCAAGUAUAUGCGGCCUGGAGAGGACGUCGGGUGCUCAGUCUGAUCAACUUCGGCGUCAAAGGAGCAUAUAAUGGGGUCUGUAAAGAGAGACUAAUUCAAAGAAUGAGAGCCAGAGGAAUACCAGAGAAGCUGCUGAGAUGGAUCGAAGCUUUUUGCUCGAACCGCACGGCCGCGAUUAUGGUGAACGGGCAGUGCUCCGACACUCGAGCGUUACCACAAUCGGGCCUCCCGCAAGGCUCACCGCUCUCCCCAAUUGCUUACUUGUUCUUCAACGCAGACCUGGUUCAGCGACGGAUCGAUGCUAACGGAGGAGCCAUAGCGUUUAUUGACGACUUCACGGCCUGGGUCACGGGCCCGACGGGUCACAGCAACCGCGCUGGCAUUGCGUCAAUCAUAGAAAGUGCUAUCGAGUGGGAGAAGAGAAGCGGAGCAACAUUCCAAGUGAAUAAAACGAGCAUCAUCCAUUUCACUUGCAGUGACCCAAAAUUUGAUAAGUUACCUGCUGUUGUCAAGGGACGCGAGGUCCAACCAAAAGAAUGCGUCAAGGUUUUAGGCGUUUGGAUGGACUCCAAGCUUAAAUACCGGCAACACAUCGCAUAUGCGGCCUCGAAAGGGUUGGAGGCAGCGCUGGAACUCAAGAGAUUAAAGGGCCUCUCGGCCACCACGGCGCGCCAACUGUUCACGGCGACAGUGGUUCCGACAGUGGACUAUGCAUCAAAUGUAUGGAUGCAUGCCUGCAAGGACAAGCUCAUUGGACCAGUUAAUCGUGUUCAGAGGACAGGGGCUCAAGCAAUUGUUGGGACCUAUCUUACAGUGGCCACAAGUGUUGCGGAAGCAGAAGCGCACAUUGUCAGCGUGCAUGAACGACUCUGGCGACGAGCAAUCAAGGCGUGGAUCGAUAUCCACACUCUCCCAGACACAAACCCGCUGCGGCGUGUCACAUCGAGGAUUCAGAGGUUCUACAGAUCACGCAAGUCACCCUUCCAUCAAGUGGCAAAUCGGCUGAAAGACAUUCCGCUGGACGAAAUGGAGGACAUCAGACCAUUCCCGUUGGCGCCCUGGAUCAAGCGCGUGCAAACUCUCGUAGAUGAAACAAAAGAGCGGACCACCGCUGGAUGGAGUGUCAAGUUGGCAGUAAAUAGCUCAGGACGGAAUGGGGUGGUCGGUGUGUGUGGAGUGUUGCAAAUACCUACAUCAGCCCGAGGGAAAUCAAAGCGUGAGGGCUUCUCUUUUACACUCGGUCACAGAACGGAACAAAAUCCAUACUCGGGACAGCUGGCGGCAAUGGCAUAUGCUCUGCGAUCCCUACCGAUGAUUAGAGACCGUAAUGUGGUGGUGAUGACGAAUAAUAAAGCAGCCGUGCUGAGCCUUGGAAAUCCACGCCAACAGUCAGGGCAGGAAUAUAUGCCGUUGAUUUACGAGGUAAUAGAAAAUCUACUGGGGAAGGGUAAUAGAGUGGCCAUCGAAUGGAGCCCGGUGAGCGACGACAAUGAAUUGGUGCUUCUUGCCAAGAGCAAAGCACGCGAGGCGACCAAGAGCGGGGCCGUGCCGGACAGACAGUUUCCGAGAAUGCGGUCUACAACGCUGAACAUUGAAAAACGGAAGCUGAAGAGAGAACGAUGCAUACCGGACAAGGUUGGUAAGCACUCCAAAAGGAUAGAUAAGGCUCUACCUGGAGAUCACACCCGGCUGCUCUAUGACGAACGCCCAUGGGAGGAACGCAACGCUCUUGCCCAGCUGAGAACAGGCAUGUCCGCGUUGAAUAACUAUCUGUGUCAAAUCAAGCAAUUAACGUCAGAUUUGUGUGCUUGUGGCGCAGAAAGGGAGACGGUGGCACACUUACUGUUUAGAUGCAAACAAUGGACAUCUCACAGAAGAGAAAUGCUUCAAUGUACGGAGACAAAUCGAGGAAACACUUCAUUCUACCUAGGUGGCAAGUCACCGACGGAUGGAACGAAGUGGGAACCAAAUAUGGCGGUCGUGCGCGCAACAAUACGCUUUGUGAAGGCCACGGGUCGCCUUGGCAAUUAA